AUGCAGAAGACAUAUUUGAAUAAUGAGAGUGAAUUAAAGAUUUUGGAAGUUGAGAGCUUUCGAUCAUAUAUGGAUAAUUUGUUUUCGGAUAAUGAUGAAGCAUGUUUUGAGGCCACAAAUAAGAUUAAAAAUCUCGUAAUUGGGUCCAAUAAACAGAAGAAAUUCAUCAUACAACAAGGAGUCGUUCCUCGUCUAUUAACGAUCAUCCAGAAUGAAAAUAAACCAUUGUAUCUUCGUCUUAAUGUCUUGAUUAUCAUAAAUUCAUUGGCAAAAGGAACUGAGGAUCUCGUACAAGAUCUUGACAAAUAUGGAACCGAGGAGAUUCUCUUAAAUUUAGCAUUGUCGUCAUCAACAGAUCCUAAAAUGAUUGAAAUAUGCUUAAGUGUCCUAAAGACUAUCAUGCAAUACCCCAACAAAAUCCGUUCAUCAUUUUUCAAAUAUUCAGAAGACAUCAACACUCUGUCAAGGCUUAUUCAGCUUGCGUCAUCAGACACAUCAAUUAAUUGUCAAUCAUUUGUAGCCAAUAUAUUACUCUCAUUUUCAUCACAAGGAAAUAUCUUGAACUCUAGCUUAAAUUUAACGCAAGCAGGUGGAAUUCCAUUUCUUGCACGGCUAAUUCAAUCAGAAUAUGAGGAACUUCAAUUGCCUGGUUUGAGAUGCUUAGCAUCUAUGUGCUUUACGAAUCGUGCUGUAUCUGAUAUUGUGUGUGCUACAAAUUUUCAUGGAAAACCAAUUCUUGAUGUUUUAACAUCCUUAGUCUCACGUUCAAAUUCACCAGAAAUUCAAUUAAAUGCUUCCAAAUGUUUGACAUAUAUCCAUCGUUCUGGUACUUCUUCCCUUAAAUCUGAAGACAGUAAGAUUCUCUAUAAAGCUUUACCAUGUUUGGCUCGUCUAUGUGCACCCGAGUUUAAUGAGAAGAUUCGAGGCGAAUCUGCAGAAUCCUUGGCAUAUUUAGCAGAAAUUGAUUCAGAGCUUCAAAGGCUAGCAGCAAUAAGUAAUCAUUUAAUUAAUAAUCUCGCGAAUUUAUUAAACUGCACUAAUGUAUCAUCAAAGGAAUCGGCAUUAAAAUGCUUUGCAUCUUUAACAGCAAAUGAUGAAACAAUAAGGAAGAGAAUAAUUGAUAUGCGUGGGCUGAUUGAUGAAGUUUUAAAUGCAUUGAAAGAAGAUGGAAGUGUCAAAGUGGCUGCCGUUCGUUGUCUACAUAGUUUAUCAAGAUCUGUACAAUUAUUACGUACGACAUUUCAAGAUCACAAAAUAUGGAAACCAUUAAUGAACUUAAUUCAUGAUAAACCAUCAUCAGAACUGAUGACUGUCGUAUCAUCGACAAUUUGUAAUUUAUUGUUGGAGUUUUCACCGUGUAAGGAUAGUCUAUUGGAUUCUGGUGCCAUUGAAAUACUCUGUGAAUUAACCAGAAAUGAAAAUGCAUCGUUAAGAUUGAAUGGAACUUGGGCACUAAUGAAUAUGGCAUUUCAAGCUGAGCAGCAUGUUAAAACGGAAAUUAUUAAUACAUUGGGAACUGAGCGUAUAUUUCAACUUCUUGGCGAUUCCGAUACGCGCGUAAUUAUGAAGUCUCUAGGACUUUUACGUAAUUUACUCUCAACCUCCCUUCAUAUUGAGUCAAUAAUGGCAAGUCAUGCACAGGAAAUAUUAAAUGCAAUUAUCAUGGUUUUGGAUUCACCCCAUUCGUCAGAGAUUAAAGAACAAGCACUAUGCAUAAUAGGAAAUCUAGCAGCAGGAGCACAUGACUUGAUAUUAAAUGAUGACAAAAUUUUAUUGAAACUUAAAGACUUUCUCGUUGUGAACGAUCAAAAGCUACAAAGUGGCGCACUAUUUGCUGUAAAGAACUUAAUGAAUCGAUCCUCGAGACACGACAAGCUCAAAGAGGUCGGCAUUAUUAUGAAAUUGAAUGAAAUUUUGGAAGAAAAUCCAACAGAUAUAUCGUUUGACGACUUGAACUCCAUCGCUGAAUUCUUCACUAAAGAAUAG